UUUAAAUGAAACUCUUUUGUGUCUAAAACACAAUUUUGAGUUUAAUGCCAAUCUGAUCAAUUAUACAAAAAAAAAAUAAUCAAUCACAUUGUAAUUAUUCAUAUAUUCUAAAUGUGAAUAUGCUAUGGUUUCCUUAACCUAAGAAAAUGACAUGAGAUUUUAACAAGUUUUAGUAAUUUAAAUAAUAUUUCGUGAUGGUAGAUUUAAUACUAACGGAGCAAUAUGGUUCAACCCAAGAUAUAAUAUCUUUUACUCAACAUGGAAAUGAAAUUGUUGAGGUAAAGCCUCAAAAGAACUUCUUUAAGUGCAUUUUCUCUUUUACUACAUUUUUUCGAGAAAUUCUUCUCCCAUAUGGAUAUCCUCAAUCAGUGAGUGAUGACUAUUUAGAAUAUCAAACCUGGGACACAUUACAAGCAUUAUGUAGUACAAUAACGGGGUCGUUUACCAUGAGGGCUGUGUUAAGGGGUGUUGGUGUUGGUGAUAGUAAAGCUACUGCCUUAUCAGCGGCCUUAACGUGGAUCAUGAAAGAAGGUGCAGGAAUGAUAGGAAGAAUUGUUUUUGCAUGGUGGAAAGGAAGCGAGCUCGACCAUAAUUGCAAAAAAUGGAGAUUUUUCGCGGACAUCUUGAAUGAUGCCGCUAUGCUAAUCGAACUAUGCUUGCCACAGUUUCAACAGUAUUCUACUGAAGUGCUUUGCGUAACUUCAGUUAUGAAAUCUAUUGUGGGGAUUGCCGGCGGAGCCACCAGAGCUUCAAUAACAUAUCACCAGGCGAUCAAAGACAAUGUGGCCGAUAUAUCGGCUAAAGACGGCAGUCAAGAAACGGUUGUGAAUUUAAUCGGCAGUUUCGCCAGUAUAUUUCUGCUAAACUAUUUCACGGAUUCCACGUCUGAAUGGUUGUUGAUAUUGUCGCUAAUUAUAUUGCAUUUGUAUACAAACUACAUGGCGGUAAAGUCGCUUGUUUUCAAAAAUUUCAACAACCAGAGGAUAGCGAUAGUUUUGAAAACUUUUCUGACAGUCGGAACUGUACCGAGUCCGAGUAAAGUGAACAGCAACGAAGCUAUUUUGCACGGGUUCGACCAAACAGUUAAACGCAUUUGUGGUUUCGAGAUAAUACUCGGUGAGUCUAUAAGUAAACCACUGAAACUUUACACUGUCGCCGAGCUGAAACAAAUAUUAUCAGUUUACGAACAAGAGAAAUACCUUCUUCUGGUGCAUUCCGAGAAGAGGAAAAUUUACGUGUCGUUUGAACACGGAGAAAAUGCCAGGGACGUAAUUGCCGCUUAUUUUCACGCAGUACUAUUAGCGAUAGCGACGAGUAUUUACAAUUCUACGAGUUUGGAUAUUUAUUCGAAGAGGCAACUGCACCACACUACUCCGAUAGCAAUAAUUCACACGUUUAUGAACGCAUAUGAAAAAUAUAUCGACGAUUACAGAAACAUUCCAUUUAAUUACCUUAUACCUUUCAAUAAACUCGUGAAACAGGAGUUUAACAUGUUUGUUACUGCAUUGACUGUAAACGGGUGGAGCAUGGGAUCGCAUUCAAUGAAGGUCGGCGAGCAUAGGAUUGAUUUCAAGACCCACAAAGCAAAACUUACAUGAAACAUAUUUACCAAUGUCAAGUAAUUAAUAAAUAUGUUUUUUACAGUGGCAAGCGUUGUCAAAAUUCUAUUUAAGAUUAAAAAACUUUUAAGAAUACUUAAUGCGAGGUAAGUAACGAACGAUCGCUUCUCACG